AUGAAAUUAAAUAUAGAUGGUUUGCUUGUAUAUAUGCCAUAUGAUUUUAUUUAUCCUGAACAAUAUAAAUAUAUGCAAGAACUUAAACGUGGUCUUGAUCAUAAAGGACAUUGUGUACUUGAAAUGCCUUCUGGAACUGGAAAAACCAUUACACUUUUAUCAUUGAUUAUUGCAUAUAUGAAACGUUAUCCUGAUCAAUAUAAUAAAUUAAUAUAUUGUAGUCGUACAGUACCAGAAAUCGAAAAAGUUAUGUCUGAAAUGAAACGUUUAAUGGCUUAUUAUGAAAAAGAAACAAAAGAAAAACAAAAAUUUAUUGGUAUUGCAAUGAGUUCAAGAAAAAAUUUAUGUAUUCAUCCUGAAGUUAGUCAAUUACGUUUAGGUAAAGAAGUUGAUAGUGCAUGUAUGAAUUUAACAGCAUCAUAUAUACGUGAAGAAGCAAAAACAGAUCGUACAGUAAAAACAUGUUCAUAUUAUGAACAAUAUGAUAAAAAUGGACGUGAAGAAAAUAUUCCAUAUGGAAUUUAUAAUUUAGAAGAUCUGAAAAUUUAUGGUAAAACAAAACAUUGGUGUCCAUAUUUUUUAACACGUUAUAUAUUAACACAUGCAAAUGUUAUUGUUUAUUCUUAUCAUUAUUUAUUAGAUCCAAAAAUAGCUGAAAUUAUUUCGAAAGAAUUACCAAAAACAUCUAUAAUUGUUUUUGAUGAAGCACAUAAUAUUGAUAAUGUUUGUAUUGAUUCAAUGUCAAUAACAUUAACACGUAAAAUUCUUGAACGUGCACAAGCAAAUGUUGAAAGUUUAAAAUUAAUUGUACAAGAUAAUAAAUUAAAAGAUGCAAAUCGUUUAAAAAAUGAAUAUGAAAAUCUUGUUAAAGGUUUACGUGAACAAGCUAUACAACGUGAAACAGAUGUUAUAUUAACAAAUCCAAUAUUACCUGAACAUGUUUUACAAGAAAAUAUUCCAGGAAAUAUUCGACAAGCUGAACAUUUUCUUAUAUUUAUAAAACGUUUUCUAGAAUAUAUGAAAACAAGAAUGAAUAUACAACAUGUUGUUAGAGAAUCACCACCAUCAUUUCUAAAAGAUUUACAAGUACGUGUUUGUAUUGAACGUAAACCAUUAAGAUUUUGUUCGGAACGUUUACGUUCGUUAUUACGUACACUUGAAACACGUGAUAUGCAUUUAUAUCAGCCAUUAAUAUUACUUUGCAAUUUUGCAACAAUUAUAAGUACAUAUACAAAGGGUUUUACAUUAAUUAUUGAACCAUUUUUUGAUAGUAAAUCAACAGUUUAUAAUCCUGUUUUACAUUUUACUUGUUUGGAUUCAUCAAUUGCUAUUAAACCAGUUUUUGAUAGAUUUCAAUCAGUUAUUAUUACAUCAGGUACACUGUCACCUAUUGAUAUGUAUCCAAAGAUUCUUUCAUUUACUCCAGCUAUAAUGGAAACAUUUACAAUGACAUUAACACGUCCAUGUAUUCUACCAAUGAUAGUUACACGUGGUAAUGAUCAAAUAGCGAUAACAUCAAAAUUUGAAUUACGUGAAGAUCAAGCUGUUAUUCGUAAUUAUGGUAUUUUACUUAUUGAAAUGUGUACACAUGUUCCUGAUGGUAUUGUUUGUUUUUUUACAUCAUAUAUGUAUAUGGAACAUGUUGUUUCAACAUGGUAUGAAUUAGGUAUCAUUGGACAAGUUCAAAAAUAUAAAUUAUUAUUUAUUGAAACACCUGAUAGUGUUGAAACAUCAUUGGCUUUAUAUAAUUAUCAAAAAGCUUGUGAUAAUGGUCGUGGUGCAGUUUUAUUAUCAGUUGCACGUGGUAAAGUUAGUGAAGGUGUUGAUUUUGAUAAUCAUCUUGGUCGAUGUGUUAUUAUGUUUGGUAUUCCAUAUGUUUAUACACAAUCACGUAUAUUACAAGCACGUCUCGAUUAUUUACGUGAAAAUUUUCAUAUACGUGAAAAUGAUUUUUUAACAUUUGAUGCAAUGCGUCAUGCUGCACAAUGUGUUGGUCGUGUAUUACGUGGUAAAAGUGAUUAUGGUAUUAUGAUAUUUGCUGACAAACGUUUCUUACGUUCGGAUAAACGACAAAAAAUUCCGAAAUGGAUACAAGAAUAUUUAACUGAUAGUUUAGCUAAUUUAUCUAUUGAAGAAUGUGUACAAAUUGUUAAAAAAUGGCUUAAAGAUAUGGCACAACCAUUAAGACAAGAAGAUCAAUUAGGCAUAUCAUUAUUAACAGAAGAACAUCUUCGUUCAAAUGAAAUUUUAGAGAAUCUUGAACAAAGUUCAGCUGAUGCAAACUCAUCAGUAACAAGAACAACUGCAAGUCAACAGAUUAUUCGAAAUGGUGAUGCUGGUGGUGUUUAUGUACCAAAGAAAGUUGGAAAUGAAGAACCAGAUUUACAUUAUGGUGUUGUUAUUGAUUGUGGUAGUAGUGGAUCAAGACUUUAUAUUUAUAUUUGGCCAGAACAUUCCGGAAAAGCAAAUGAAUUAUUACAAAUUAAACAAUUACUUGAUAAACAAGGAUUACCAGUAGUAAAAAGAAUAGAACCAGGUCUUUCAUCAAUGGCAGACACACCAAUGAAUGCAACAGAAUAUAUGAAAUCAUUAUUAGAUUUUGCUGCAGAAAUCAUUCCACCGGCCAAACAUAGUGAUACACCUUUGUAUAUUCUUGCAACAGCUGGUCUUCGUUUUUUGACACCGAAUAAACAAAAACAAUUACUUGAAGAUUUAUUUACUGAUAUUGAACGUGAUUAUAAGUUUUUAAUUGAAAAAACACAUAUUCAAGUUAUUACGGGUCAAUAUGAAGGUAUUUAUAGUUGGAUAGCUAUUAAUUAUGUACUUGGACGUUUUCAACUUACUAAUAGCCAAUCAAAAUCAAAAAUUACUGAUUCUUCGACACAAAACUCUGAUAAACGACCAUCAACUGUUGGAAUACUUGACAUGGGUGGUGCUUCUGCACAAAUAGCUUUUGAAGUUUCAGAAAAUACUCAAAUGAGUGGCAGCGAAGUGGCAGAAUUUUCUUUAGGUCAUGAUGAUGAUCAAGAAGCAUUUAAAUAUAAAAUUUAUGUCACAACAUUUCUUGGUUAUGGUGCAAAUAAAGUCUAUGAUAAAUAUAUUGAUCGAAUUAUAUCAAUUGCAUUAAAUUCUUCAACAUUAAAUUCUUCUUAUAUAGAAAUAAAUGAUGCUGAUUGUUUACCACGUGGUUAUUCAACAAAUAUAACACGAAAUAAUAUAACAAUAAAAUUAACAGGUGAAGGAGAUUUUAAAACUUGUUCAAAACAUUUAGUUAUGUUAUUGAAUUUAAAUGCAACAUGUUUAAAAAAACCAUGUUCAUUUAAUGGAGUUUAUCAACCAGAAAUAAAUUAUAAUUCACAAGAUUUCUAUGGUUUUUCUGAAUUUUGGUAUACAAUGCAAGAUGUUUUAAAACUUGGCGGUCCCUAUGCUCAAUUAACUUUUCUUAAUGCAUCUGUUAAUUUUUGUAAUUCCGAUUGGAAUAAUAUUCAACAAUGGUAUAAGAAUAAAGUCUAUGAAAAUACUAAUUUAGAUCGAUUGAUGUUACAAUGUUUUAAAUCUGCAUGGCUUUAUGCAUUUCUUCAUGAUGGUUUGAAAUUUCCUGUUAAUUACCAACGAUUACGUUCAGCUUCAUUAGUGAAUAAUAACGAUGUUCAAUGGACACUCGGUGCAAUUAUUUAUAAAACUCGAUAUUUUCCAUUGAAAGCAAUUAAUCAAGCAAAAACUACAAAAUAUCAUUUGAAAACAUAUACAAAUUCUCGAACAUUAUUUGCGUUAUUCUGUUUGGUGUUAACAUUAUGUAUACUGAUAUUUGCUCCAUCAAAAAUUCGAUCAUUUAUAUCACGUCGUACAACUCUUCAAUCGCAAUCAAGUGAAUUUAAUUAUCGUUACGAAUUAUUAACAUCAUUUACUAGCGAUGAUAUAUCAACAGCUGGUUCAUAUAUAAAUGUUAAAGGAGCAUAA